AUGACUGCCAGAUGCGAUGCGAAGGAUAUGCAAGGGACGGUCAUAGUGGUCGACAGCCUGGGACCGUCGUUAUGUGGCAGAGACACGAUCAAUGCUUUCAAUGAAAUCGGAGUGCCCAUGCUGACAAACGUCGUCGCGAGCGUGCAACCGAUCAAGUUUAACGGACCCAACACGGGACUAGAGGCCCUACUCAGCGAAUAUGCUGACGUCUUUGCUCGAGCUCUCGGAUUGUGCAAGGGACCCCCGGUGACAUACCAGUUGAAAGAAAACGUGGUUCCACGGUUUUUCAAGUCCCGGACUGUACCUUACGCCUUGAGGGACAAGAUGUCGGAUGCGCUGGAUCAGCCAGUAGCCCAAGACGUCCUUACGCCUGUGAAAACCGCCGAGUGGGCAACACCAGUCGUACCCGUUUUUAAGAAGGAUGGGUCGCUCAGAAUUUCCGGAGAUUUUCGGAUCACUGUCAAUGCCGCCACUGCGACGGAGCAGUACCCGUUGCCGCGAGUGGAGGACAUUUUUGCAAAACUGAAUGGCGGGGAAGUUUUCACGACGUUGGACCUGCGCCAGGCCUACAACCAGCUACCAUUGGAUGAGCACGCUCAGAAGAUAGCAGUCUUGAACACUCAAAAAGGCUUCCGCAAUGCCACCUGCCCAGGUACCUGCGCCAUGGCCAGCGACCGGGGAAGGUUGGAGCCGUCUGCACGCUGA